UUUGUCAGUUCAGAAUGUUCCAUCCGAUAAAACGUCAUGCUCACUCAUUUGCCUUUUCAGGGUGAAUGGAGGGAAGAAAACGAGAAAGAAAAGAAAGGGGAGGAAAUGUCACUUUCCCUGUAUGAGUGUCUGAGGGCCGUUGGGCUUCAGCGUCACUAUGCUAGGUUUACUUCUGUGGGUAUUUGUCGUGCAGCCCACCUCUCAGCGCUGACCAUGGAGGACUAUCCAAUCCUUGGGAUCUGCUGUAUGGAGGACAGGACUCGACUCUUCCAUCUUGUCCAAAUGGUCAAAGCUCUUGACCUAAAAUAUGAAAAUAGUGAAGAUUAUGGUGCUGACAGUGGUGAUGAAGGCUACACUGCAGCAGAUAGUAGCUUUUCUUAUGUUGGUGGUGAAGAUGAAGAGGAUGUUUACAAUGAUGAGAAUGAGAGGGGUGCUGCUGAAAGUAAGCUUAAUGCAACACGUUUUACAAAACCCUCAUCCGUUCGCAGACGGCUUGAUUUUAAUUGUGAAACCAUCGAUCACAAUCUGAAUCUUUUUGUUUAUCCUGAUGCCUCUGUAUAUGUAAUGAAUAGUGAGGCAGGGCAGGGCAAAGGGUCGGCCCUAUCAGUGCAGCUUGACUCUGGAAGUGCUGCGGUAUGUGGCUGCAAAGAGAAGAACAAACACAGGCUGGAUUCUCAUAGGCAUCAAUCUGGUCGUCACACAGGAGCAAAAACUGAGCCAAAGAUUAUGGAAGGAAAAUCCAUGUUCAAUUUUCACACCAGAUUAUCACCAAAGUGCGAAUCAUGCAUCAAACCAAAACCCCAGUCUGAAACAGUGGCAUCAAAGUUGUUAACCAACCAACUAUUUGGGCACAAAGAUAGAAAGGGACUUUUAAGGAAGAAGAAACCCUUUACAGAAAUGAGCAGUAAUGCAGCUUCUGAACACACGCCUAAGCCAACACCUGUUUAUGAACUAAUGAGAACAGCUGGCUACAACUAUGGACUACCACUGAGUUCCCCUCCUGCUCCAAACAAAACACGACCAGGGGCGCAGCGGAUCAGUGUGUGUGUGAGGAAAAGACCUCUGACACGCACAGAGUGCAGGAGAGGAGAGACAGAUGUUUUGACAACUCCAAGUGAAGAGUGUGUUAUUGUUCAUGAAAGCAAAGAGGCUGUGGAUCUCACACAGUACAUACUAAAGCACAGGUUCUACUUUGACCAGGUGUUUGGGGAGGAGAGUUCCAAUGAGGAGGUGUAUCAAAGAACAGCAUACCCUCUGGUGCAGCACAUGCUCAAUGGAGGCAAGGGCACCUGCUUUGCAUAUGGCCAGACAGGUGCAGGGAAGACUCACACCAUGCUCGGUUCCCCUGUGAGACCAGGGUUGUAUGCUCUGGCAGUCCGGGACAUUUUUGCUCACCUCUCCACCACACACAUGAACUCACCCUUGCUGGUGUAUGUCAGUUUCUUUGAAAUCUACUGUGGUCAGCUGUAUGACUUGUUGGACCACAGAAAGAGAUUGUUUGCCAGAGAAGAUGGACUUAAGGUGGUUCACAUUGUUGGGCUGCGUGACGUCAGAGUGGACUCAGUCAGCUCACUGAUGGAGGUGAUUUCACAGGGAACAGAGGUGCGCACACAGGGGGUGAGUGGGGUGAAUCCACUCUCCUCUCGCUCCCAUGCCUUGCUUCAGAUUCAGCUAAGGGAUGCAAACCAGCAGAUAGCUGGAAGAAUGUGGUUUGUGGACCUGGCAGGAAGUGAGCGGGCAUCAGACACCAAAGAAGACAGGCAGAGUCGCAUGGAGGGAGCAGAGAUCAACCAGAGUCUGUUGGCUCUUAAAGAAUGCAUUCGGUCCCUGGAUCAGGAGCAGUCUCACACACCUUUCAGACAAAGCAAACUGACUCAGGUUUUGAAAGACUCAUUUGUUGGUGACUCAAUGACGUGCAUGAUUGCCAACAUUUCACCUGGUCACUUAGCAACUGAAAACACACUAAAUACACUGAGAUAUGCUGACCGGGUGAAGGAGUUAAAGGGACAGGGGGGACUACGAGGAGGAAGAAGAGGAAGGACAAAUCACUCCCCCAAGCGUAACUUGUCAAACAGCAGCAGCAGCAGCAAAAGCACAAGCAGCAUAAUUGGCACCCGAGGGAAAAGUCCUCCCAAAAAGCCAAAGUUAGGGAGACAUAGGGAGGAUUUUUGCCCCAUCUCGCCUACCAUUAGAUUGACCAUGGGAGGCGAAAAUCUUUGCUCUACACCCAAAAACAGCAGAUGGGGAGAGGAAACAACUGCAACAACAAGAAAGGGAAUUGACUUUGAACAUAUAACACCUGUUGGAGGUUUGCUGGGAAUGAGUGGUAGGAGGGUCAGGACGGACAGAGCAGACAGGAGGGAAGGUAGAAAAAGAGAAAGGUAUGGAGUAUCUGACAGUGUAGACAACACAGUUGGUGACCAAAACAUAGGGGCAGAACUGGUCUUGAGACAAGCGACAGAUGAGCUUCACUUGUGGGAGGUGUCGAGAGAAUCUGGAUUAUGCUACAGAGGAAAAGAGAGACAGGGAAGUUCAAAAGGGGCAGGAAAAGAUGAGAAUAGAGGGACAGAACAAAGAAGAAAAGUGGGAAUCAGUAGAGACACAUGUGAUGAAGCAGAGAGGCUAAGGGAAAAAUAUUUGAAAAAGGCUGAUGAAAGGGAAAAGGACAGAGAGCGCCAUCUGAGACAGUAUCACCAGCAGUUACAGCAGUUCAUGCCCUCAUCUUCAUCUGUCCUCUUCUCAUCCUCUACAUCCCCGUCUAUUUCUUCCUCAAAUCAGGCCUCUCUCUCUUCUUCUGUCUCUCCUUCUACCUUUCAACAAUCUUCCAGCCUCUCAGUUUCUGCCCUUAUGUGUCAUGGUUUGGAAGGAGUUUUUGAUGCAUACGGGGCUAAUGUUAAGGUCAGGGUAGAUAGUAACAGAGGACAGUCAUCUUUCUUCCCCAGUCAAGAGAUUUGCUUUCAAACUAAAACCUCCCCUAGCUGCAAUACAAACAAGGCUGUGGUUAGUCCUGGUGACUCAGGUGGAUCUGGUGAUGCUUGGAGGGUAUCCAGGGAUGGGAAAGAGGAAAGAUUUGGGCAAGACAGAGAUACACAUGAGAAGUUAAGGUCACUGAAGGCAGCAGGGGAAGGUGAGGUCAGAGUAAGGAGGGAGGAGUGGAGACCAGCAAUGGAAGGAAAAGGAGUGGGGAGGUGGGCCUGGGUAGCAUCAACAGAGACAGAGCAGGCAGACAGGAUGACAGGUGCAAUCCCCGAUGAGGCAGUAGUGUUGUACAACCGUCUCUCAGAAGAGGAUGAAGAAGGUCUUAAUGCUUCAGAUGUCACAGCUGAUAGAGUGUGUAGUACUGAGGAGCGAAGAGGAGCCGACAGUUACGGUUUUCUGUCCUCCCAAAGAAACAUUGACAGUAGCAGCCUCUUUAACCGCCCUCUGGAUGAGUCAUCCCGUCAGCGAGCUACAGCAGAACGACCUCUCUCCCCAGCCUGUGGACAACCAAACACUCUCCUGACCCCUAAUCCCUCCUUUGAGUUAAAACACACUACAUGCACCUCAAACAUCGAGUCAAUACCAUUGAAAAAUGCUCAUCAGGAUGUACCAUUAAGCAGCUGUAGAGUGAAGCCACCAUGGUUCAAUGCCCACGACAAUAUACCUGAUUUUUUUAAUUCUCAAUGGGCCACACUACCUCUCACUACUCCCACAACACAGAAUAGAGGUAAAAUACCAGCAGAGCCUCUCAAUAUUUCAUCUGAAAAUCCAGCCUCCACUAUGGUACACAACGGUCCAGAUGCUGACGCCAAAAAGUCUGAAUUACCUCAAGAAGAGACUGAAGGUUCAAUCAACUUCGUCAUGGACCCCCUCAGCAUCUCCUUGCUUCAAGUGGACCAACAGGCUGACAACCUUUCUUUCCUUCAAUGGGAUCAGAACAGAACCGCUGCAUCCCCACCCAAAACCUCUACAUGUUCUUCAAUGCAAACUUCUGUCAUGCAGUCCAACUCUUCCUCUGUCAACCAGUCUGCAAACACAGGUUUACUGAGCACACACGAUCUAACGACCAAUGGUCCCAACCAGAAGCCAUCAGAACAUGCACACAAUAUGCACAAAGAACUGUCUUUGGCCAUUUCAACACCACAGUCAGAAAGUCAGUUGUUGACCACAGCGCCAAAGCAUUGUCAAACUGCACAUUCAAACACCUCAAUCCAAACCAACAGUAUUUUACAAUUAAAUAAUCAAGAGAGCAUCAGCAAUCAGCAAAUUAGACCCAUCUGCCUUUCUAGGCUGGAAGACUUGGAUCACGGCCAGUGGCGUGUUGUCCAGGCCCACUGGGAGCAGCUAGAAGAGAUGGAAGCUUUAUGUCGUAAAGAGGGGAUGCUUCUGUGUCGUCAACCUGAUAUGGCAUUUGGGGAUUAUUUCCACAAACUGAAGGAGAUCAUGGAGAGAAAAGCUCAGUGUGUCCACAUCAUGAAAUCUCACCUACAGCAAUACCUUAAACCCAGUCAGUGUAAUCAACCACACCACCAAGAAAAAGAAUAA